GCAUGGUCCAUCCAUACAUACAGCCAUAGAGAGAGAGAGUGUGUGUGUGGCAGAUUGCAAAGCCAUUUGCACGGCAUCCUUAAUUCAUUUUCCUGCGCCUGUCAAUUGCAGCAAGAUCACAUGAACUCACCAAACCCCUCCAUAAAUUAAUCACAAGGCACCAGCCCCACCCUCUCUCCAUCUCCACGAUGCAUGUUCCACUGCUCUCUCUCUCUCUCUCUCUCUCCCUCUCUCUCUCUCUCUCUUCCUGUCAUGGACGGAUGGACCAGGGCCUAGCUCGUACUACUACAAAAGACGGCAUCAGUUUUUUGGCCACCUCUCCUCUCCUUGUUUGCCUCCUUUCUUCUUCUUCUUCUUCUCCCUCAUUUGAGCUGAGAAGUUAAGUUGGAACCAAGAACUAUACUAGUUAUAUUAUGUAGAGGAAACAUCACAAAAGAAUAUCAGAAAAUAAAAAGAAACCGUUCCAUGCCACCCUGAGAUUCUCCUACAAGCUAGCCCAACCAAGGAAACAGCAAUUUUUAAGCUGUUUCUCUUGAUACUCGAUCUACAUCUUUUCCCUUAGUUUAACACUCUUUUUCAGUGGGUUUACUACUCUUGUGUGGUGGUGGUAGUGGUAGAUCAAGAGCCAAGAAGUCCGGGAAAAAAAUUCUACUUGUUUCGUCCAUUUGGUUUAGUCUGCCAAAGCAGAAGUCAGUGGCGAGAUCUUGUUUCUACUCCAUUCGCAUCAUUCUGCUGCCAAUUUGCCCUCAGAGAAGAGGGAGAUUCGGCAGCGGAAGAGAGCGGAGUAUCUCCGGCGAUGGCGGCGGCGCUGGAGUGCUGGUCGGGCCGGCCGAGCACCGACGAGGAGAUGGUGGAGCAGGUGCUCAUGAAGCCCCACGUCCGCUCGGACGAUUCCCUCCCCACCUGCGCCGACGCGGCCUUCGCCGCCGGCGAGCCGACGACGGCGCAGGCGGCGCCGAAGAAGUGGCAGCGGCUGGGGCGCAACUUCGCCGGCGCCAUCGCGGCGUUCAAGAGCUCGCUGAACCUGGACAACGGCAGCCUCCCUCGCGACCCCUCGCCGCGCGCCGUCGGCGAGAGGCCGCCGCUCCUCGUCCGCGGCUUCCAGCAGCUCUACUCCCGCGGCGGCGCCACCCAGCAGCUGCCGGAGAAGCUCGUCGCUGACCUCCGCCGCCACUUCGACGCUCUUCCCAACAGCUAUGCACAGGCUGGAUUUGACAUGAAAGAUGUGCUCUUGCAUGCCCGUCUUGUAGAGCAGGCAGCUGGUGAGGAUCAGCCUGCAGUGAGUAUUGAGGAAGUUCCUGGAAGCAAUGGCAGAGGAGGUGCCAAUGAAGGAACUGUUUUUCAGCUCACUUUUGCCUGCAGUGCACCACUUUCAUGGCAGUCAAUGUCAGGCUCACUUGAUAGUCCUUCAUUUUGCUGCAAGAGGAUCCAGAUCUUCGAGAAGAGAGGAUUGACGCUUGGUGUUGUAAUGAUACUCGUGCAGCCUGGGAAUGAGGUGUUCUUCAAGAACCGGGUCGACGCAGCACUGAAAUCAGCAAUAAAGAAGCAGCGGAAGAACAGCGGCGGUGUUAAGCUCCCAUUUGGGCUCUGUGGUUGUCAAGAAGAAGGUUCAAGAAACUUUGAUGAGGAAUCUAUGUUUGAUCCAGAUGAUGGUCAGGUUCUUGACAAUGAGCCAACUUGCAAGCCACAGCUGCCUACCCCACUACCACAAUCAUCAGUUUUUGUUUCUAUAGACGAGUGGCAAACCAUUCGAUCUGGUGGCGAGGAGCUUGGCCGCUGGAUGCUGAGCUCUGAGGAAAUCGAGUUUAUUGAUUGGGUUGGUCCAAAUUCAUUCAAGGGUGUUUUUAGAGGAAGGAAGGUUUGGGUCAACAAAAUGAGGGGCUGUGACAUGGGAAGUGCUUAUGAUGUUGAAAUCCGUCAGGACUUGUUGCAGCUGAUGAGCUGUGGCCAGAGGAACAUCCUCCAAUUCCAUGGGAUUUGCUUCAAUGAGAACCAUGGGCUCUGCAUAAUAACAAGGAUGAUGGAAGGAGGAUCGGUUCAUGAUAUCAUCAUGCAGAGAAGCAAGAGAUUGUCACUCCGAGACAUUCUUAAGAUCGCUAUUGAUGUUGCUGAGGGUUUGGCCUUCAUGAACAGCUACGCAAUUACCUAUCGUGAUCUUAACGCUCGGAGGAUCCUGCUCGACAGGCAAGGAAAUGCGUGCCUCGGGGAUAUGGGCAUUGUUACCCCUUGUAAUAAUGCUGGUGAGGUCACCGAGUACGAGACUUCUGGCUAUCGAUGGCUAGCUCCUGAGAUCAUUGCCGGAGAUCCCGAGAGCGUGUCGGAGACCUGGAUGAGCAACGUCUACAGCUACGGGAUGGUGCUGUGGGAGAUGGUCACAGGUGAGGAGGCAUACUCCACAUACUCCCCGGUGCAGGCAGCGGUGGGGAUCGCCGCAUGCGGGCUGAGGCCAGAGAUACCAAGAGACUGCCCUCAUUUCCUCAGGUCACUGAUGACCAGGUGCUGGGACAACAACCCUCUGAAGCGCCCCCAGUUUUCAGAGAUCAUCUCCAUGCUGCAAAGGCAGAAUGUCAGAUAGUUUUUCUCCUUCUUCUUCUUCUUCUUUUCCUAUGCUGCAUAUCUGCUUUUGUCUGGCUGUUUGCCCCAAUCAUGCAGGGAACUGCAUAUGAGAGAAUAUAAUAUAUGUGCAAAGGCUUGUUAUAUUGCUCAUCUUGCUUCUAAAAAAAAAUGCUCUUUCCGAUUUUUUUUA